AUGGGCGUCCUGGAUGCCUCCAAGUCGCUGGAUGAGGAGCUGUACUCCCGGCAGCUGUAUGUGCUGGGCUUGCCGGCCAUGCAGAGGCUGCGGGAGGGCCGGAUCCUGCUCUCAGGCCUUCAGGGCCUGGGGGCUGAGGUGGCCAAGAACCUGGUCCUGAUGGGCGUGGGCAGCCUCACUCUGCAUGACCCCCACCCCACCGGCUGGUCUGACCUAGCAGCCCAGUUUUUCCUCUCGGAGCACAACUUGGGAAGGAGCAGGGCUGAGGCAGCUCAGGAACUUGUGGCUGAGCUCAACAGAGCUGUCCAGGUCCGCGUCCACACAGGCGACAUCACGGAGGACCUGCUGCAGGACUUCCAGGUGGUGGUGCUGACCGCCUCGAGCCUGGAGGAACAGCUGGAGGUGGGCAGCUUAUGCCGCAAGCACGGAGUCUGCUUUCUGGUGGCUGACACCCGGGGCCUGGUGGGGCAGCUGUUCUGUGACUUUGGUGAGGAGUUCGCUGUUCAGGACCUGACAGAGGAAGAACCCCUGACAGCUGCCGUCCAGCACAUCUCCCAGGGCUCCCCUGGCAUUGUCACUCUGCGAGAAGACGCCCACAGCUUCCGUGAUGGGGAUUUGGUGACUUUCUCCGGCAUCGAGGGCAUGGCCGAGCUCAAUGGCUGCGCUCCCAGGCCCAUCUGCGCGCGGGAGGACGGGACCUUGGAGAUUGGGGACACAACAGGUUUCUCCCCUUACUUGCGUGGUGGAGCUGUCACUGAGGUCAAGAGACCUACAACAGUGAGGCAUGAGCCCCUGUGUGCAGCCCUGCUCCAGCCCCGCGUGGUGGCCCAGAGUCCCCAGGAUGUUCGCCGUGCCCGCUGCCUGCAUCAGGCCUUCCGUGCUCUGCACGAGUUCCAGCGCCUCAGUGGCCGCCCACCCCAGCCCUGGGACCCUGCUGAUGCAGAAAGGGUGGUGGGCCUGGCCCGGGCUCUGAAGCCACUGAGGGGGACAAAUGGAGAGCCUUUGGAAGAGCCACUGGAUGAAGCUCUCGUGCGGACCGUCGCCCUGAGCAGUGCCGGCGUGUUGAGCCCCAUGGCAGCCAUACUGGGUGCGGUGGCCGCCCAGGAAGUGCUGAAGGCAGCCUCCAGGAAGUUCCUGCCCCUGGACCAGUGGCUGUAUUUGGAUGCCCUCGAUUGCCUCCCAGAUGACGAGGAGCUUCUUCCCAAGCCUGAGGACUGCAAAUCGAGAUGCUGCCGCUAUGACGGGCAAAUUGCGGUGUUUGGGGCUGAUUUUCAGGAGAAGCUGAGCCGCCAGCACUACCUCCUGGUGGGUGCUGGCGCUAUCGGCUGCGAGCUGCUCAAAGGCUUUGCGCUCAUGGGUCUGGGGCUCCGGUGCAAAGGGAGCGUGGCUGUGGCCGACAUGGACCAUGUCGCACGCUCCAACCUCAGCCGUCAGUUCCUCUUCAGGCCCCAGGACAUUGGUAGGCCCAAGGCAGAGGUGGCUGCGGAGGCCGCCCGCCGCUUGAACUCAGACCUGCAGGUGACCCCGCUCACCAGCCCUCUGGAUUCCUCUACAGAGGACAUCUAUGGGGACAACUUCUUCUCCCGUGUGGACGGUGUGGCUGCUGCCUUGGACAGUUUUAAGGCCCGGCACUACGUGGCUGCUCGCUGCACCCGCUAUCUGAAACCACUGCUGGAGGCAGGCACGCAGGGCACCCGGGGCAGCGCCUCAGUGUUCGUGCCGCACGUGACUGAGGGCUACAGAGGCCCCACCUCGGAGGCCGCAGCUGCUGAGGAUGCCGUCCAUCCUGUCUGCAGCAUGCGGCACUUCCCCAGCACAGCUGAGCACACCUUGCAGUGGGCCCGGGAUGAGUUUGAGGGGCUCUUCCGUCAGUCCGCCGAGAUCAUCAACUGCCACCAACAGGAGCUUACUUCUCUGGCAGACAGGGAACCGCAGCAGCUGCUCCUGCUAUGGGCGGCCGUGGGAGUCCUGAAUCAGCGUCCGCAGACCUGGCAAGACUGUGUGGAGUGGGCCUUCGGCCACUGGAAGCUGUGCUUCCGUUACAGCAUCGAGCAGCUGCUCAGACACCACCCACCCGAUGAGGUGCUUGAGGAUGGAACAUGCUUCUGGUCGCGUCCCAGACAAUGUCCUCAGCCCCUGGAGUUUGACGCCAGUCAAGACACGCACCUCCUCUACGUGCUGGCAGCGGCGAACCUGUACGCCCGGAUGCACGGGCUGCCUGGCUCCCGGGACCAGCCUGCGCUCAGGGAAAUGCUGCAGUUGCUGACACUGCCUGAUCCCCAGCAGCUGGACCCCAUUGCUCCUAGAGACCUGGCUUCCACUGAGCUGGACCCUGGGCAGAUGGAGAGACUGUGUGAAGCCUUGCAAGACUGGAGGGUGGGCUCCCCACUGGAGCCCCUGAGGUUUGAGAAGGAUGAUGACAGCAACUUCCACAUGGACUUUGUGACUACGGCAGCAAGCCUUCGAGCUCAGAACUAUGGGAUCCCACCGGCCAAUCGCAUCCAGAGCAAGCGAAUUGUGGGCCAGCUCAUCCCAGCCAUCGCCACCACCACAGCGGCCGUGGCAGGCCUGGUGGGCCUGGAGCUGUAUAAGGUGGUGGGCGGGCCACGGCCCCUCGGCGCCUUUCGCCACAGCUAUCUGCACCUGGCUGAGAACUACUUCAGCCGCUACGUGCCCCGAGCCCCAGUCACCCAGCAGUUCCAUCACCUGACCUGGACCUGCUGGGACCGCCUGAAGGUGACAGCUGGGCAGCCGGAGAGGACCCUGAAGUCACUCCUGGACCACCUCCAGGAACAACAUGGGCUGAGGGUGAAGAUGCUGCUGCAAGGCAAUACCGUGGUCUACUCGGCAGGAUGGCCCCCAGAGAAGCAGGCCCAGUACCUAUCCCUCAGGGUGACGGAAUGGGUGAAGCAGAAGACAGGCUGGGUGCCGGAGCCUUGGCGGCGGGUGCUGGUACUGGAAAUGAGCUGUGAGGGUGAGAAAGACGACACCACCUUCCCACCCCUGCACUAUGAACUGUGACAAGGCAGCAGCUCCGCCACCUCUGCGGAGCUCGGCACACCGAGCCCACAGCAGGCGCGCAAUAAAUGCUUGUUGGAGGAA